AUGACAGAAAACAGAGUAUUCCCUUUAUUCUCGUUACCAUAUCUUGCUCUGAAUGAUGUUAUAAUUUCACUAGAUGUUUUGAGCCGAAUGAAUCUCUCAAUUUGUUCAAAACGAUCCAAAAGGAUAUCUUGUGCAUACACAAUACCGGAGCUCCAAUUAUCAUUAAUUCUCUGUGAGGAUUCAAAAAGUAUUAUUGAGGUGAUAGUAACCGAUCAACGAGAAGACGUAGACGUUCCCCUGGUGGAACAUGUGUGGAAUAUGAUUCCAACUGAUAUCAAAGAAGAUUUUGGGAAAGUAAUCGAAAUCUCGAAACUCGAAUGGGAAUUCUAUCACGAUCCAUCUGUGAACUUAACUGGAAUUCUAUGCAACAGACUCUUGGAAUUCUACGGUUGGAGUUCAUGGGAAGAAGUUGUAUUUCAAAAAAAUAUUGAGCAAUCCGACUUCGACAAAUUCCCAGUUUUGUUACCUAGUGCUGGAACGAUUUCAUUCGACAAGGAACAGGUGACAAGAGCGGAAUUAGAUACACUCUUCAUGAAACAUGGAAAUAUUCAAUUGAUUAAUCUUGAUUGCCGAUAUCCAGAAGGAUAUGGGAUGUGGUGUGCUAGAACUGUGGGAUUCUUUCGUGCUCCACAAAACAUAGAAGAUAUUUUAAAAAUGGAUUGCGAAAAAGUUGACUGUACAUUGUCGGGGUAUAAAAAUUCAGAUGUGAAUCGAUUUCUGAAACAUUGGCUCCAAUCAACUAACUGCGGAAACCACAAAUACUUGAAACGAGAGAUUCGACUAUGUAACGUUGAAAAUGAUUCGAAUAUGUUGGAGGAUCUUCCAGUUACCCCAUGGAAUCCAAAACAGAGAGGUCAAUUCUUCCAUUUCCGAAAUCCCCACUUCGACGCUGCCAUUGAUUGCUCAAAGGGUUUUGAUCUGUUGAGAGACGAUGGAGUUCUGGCAACUUUCAUUUCUGAUGAAGAUGAAUUCAUCUUCAAUAUUUGGAACGAGAGAUUCCCAGAUAUUCCAAAGGAAGAUUUUCCUCCGAAUUCUGUAUUUUAUUGA